AUGGCAAGGCCCCUGCGCUUCUCAGAUGCGAUCAUCAUGGCACCUGAAUUACUGAUUCUUUUGGGGGUGGCAGUAAUACUGCAAGCAGAUUUACUUCCUGAUAAAAAAUUUUUACUUCUACCACCAGUCAAUUUCACCAUUAAAGCUGUCAAUUUAGCUCAAGUUCUUUUACGUUGGGAACCAAAUCCUGAUCAAGAACAAAGCAAUGUCCAGCUAGGAUAUCAUGUGAAAAUAAAUGCUCCACAAGAAGAAGAUUACGAAACCAGGAACACUGAGAGCAGCCUCGUAACCAUCCUUCACAAAGGCUUUUCAGCAAGUGUGCAGACAGUGCCGUGGAACGACCAUCCCCUACAAGCCAGCAGCUGGGUUUCUGCGGAACUUAAAGCCCCACCAGGGUCUCCUGGAACUGAGAUUGUGAAUUUAACUUGCACCACAAACACGAAGGCAGAUAAUUACACACACACAGGACCAUACCAAGUUUCUCUUCACUGCACCUGGCUUGUUGGCAAGGACGCCCCUGACGACACACAGUAUUUCCUCUACUAUAGGUAUCGCUCUCGGACUGAAGAAUGCCAGGAAUACAGCAAAGACGCCCUGCGGAGAAAUGUUGCCUGCUGGUUCCCCAGGACUUUCAUCAACAGCAAAGGGCGAGACUCCCUUGCAGUGUAUGUUAACGGCUCCAGCAAGGAAGCUGCGAUCAAGCCUUUCGAUCAGCUCUUUGCCCUUCAUACCAUUGAUCGAGUAAAUCCUCCAGUGAACGUCACAGCAGAGAUCAAAGGAACCUGUCUCUCUAUCCACUGGGAAAAACCAGUGUCUGCUUUUCCAAGCCACUGCUUUGAUUAUGAGGUGAAAAUUUACAAUGCAAAGAAAGGAUAUUUUCAGACAGAAAAAAUGACAACCAAUACACUCAUCACCAUAAUUGAUGAUGUUUCUAAGUAUUACAUUCAAGUGAAAGCAGCAGUGAGUCCUGUGUGCAGAACAACAGGGCUCUGGAGUGAGUGGAGUCAACCUAUUUAUGUGGGGAAGGAUGAUCAGAAGCCCUGGAGAGAGUGGUUCCUUAUUGCAGUUAUGAUGACCAUCUGCUUCAUCUUGUUAAUUUUUUCACUCAUUUGCAGAAUAUGCCACUUAUGGACCAAGUUGUUUCCACCUGUUCCAGUGCCAAAAAGUAAUACUAACGAUUUCUUAGUAACCAUCAACAAUGAGAAAACUGGUUCCAGUGAAACAGAAAUUGAAGUCAUAAGUUAUGUGGAGCAGGCUGGAUUUGAGACCCUGGAAGACUCCGUGUUUUGA